AUGCAAUUGCAAAAAUAUCUAGUGAAAGGAGAAGAAGAAGUUGAAACACUUUAUAGAGACGAAGCAAAAACUAUUACGUUUGCAAUCCCUUCAAGUUCUACUGUUUCAUUAUUUAGACAUUUUAAGAAGACACAGGAAAAAAGUUUAAGUUCUGUUUCAGUUGCCAGCAAAAGAUUUUAA